CCCUCGUCGAAUGGAAGAAGGGAAAAAGUGGUCCACGCUGGGAAGUAGUUAAAAAAUAGUGCGCUUUGGGUUGUAGGUAACCUGCAUUGAGACAUUAAAUCUUUCUGCAGCUCUCCGUUCCGCUGGGGACGCUCGGAAAUGGCAGACAAAGAAGUGUAUGACGAUGCUGUAGAAGAACGUGUCAUUAACGAAGAAUAUAAAAUAUGGAAGAAAAAUACACCUUUUCUCUAUGACUUGGUCAUGACGCAUGCACUUGAAUGGCCAAGUUUAACGGUGCAGUGGUUGCCUGAUGUGAACAGGCCAGAGGGAAAGGACUAUGCAGUUCACCGACUGGUAUUGGGUACACACACCUCUGAUGAGCAGAACCACUUGGUUAUCGCCAGUGUUCAGAUGCCCAACGACGAUGCUCAGUUUGAUGCCUCACAUUACGACAGCGAAAAAGGAGCAGAGUUUGGGGGAUUUGGGUCUGUGAGUGGCAAAAUUGAGAUCGAAAUUAAGAUCAAUCAUGAGGGAGAGGUGAACAGAGCCAGGUACAUGCCACAGAACCCCUGCAUUAUCGCCACAAAGACACCUACAUCAGAUGUGCUGGUCUUUGACUACACUAAACACCCAUCCAAACCAGACCCCAGCGGUGAGUGCAGUCCGGACCUGAGAUUGAGGGGGCAUCAGAAGGAGGGCUACGGUUUGUCCUGGAACCCCUCCCUUAGUGGAAACCUGCUCAGUGCAUCAGAUGACCAUACAAUCUGUCUAUGGGACAUCAGUGGCUCUCCUAAGGAAGGAAAGAUUGUAGAUGCCAAGACAAUCUUCACAGGCCACACUGCUGUGGUGGAGGAUGUUUCCUGGCACCUUUUACACGAGUCACUUUUUGGAUCAGUAGCUGAUGACCAGAAACUCAUGAUUUGGGACACAAGAUCCAAUAACACAGCUAAGCCCAGUCACUCUGUGGAUGCCCACACUGCUGAGGUGAACUGCUUGUCCUUCAACCCCUACAGUGAGUUCAUCUUAGCCACUGGCUCUGCAGAUAAGACUGUCGCCCUUUGGGAUCUACGUAACCUGAAGCUGAAGCUUCACUCUUUCGAGUCACACAAAGAUGAAAUUUUCCAGGUUCAAUGGUCACCCCAUAAUGAGACCAUUCUAGCUUCCAGUGGAACAGACCGACGACUUAAUGUCUGGGACUUGAGUAAAAUCGGAGAAGAACAGUCUGCCGAGGAUGCUGAGGACGGACCUCCUGAAUUACUGUUCAUUCAUGGUGGACACACGGCAAAAAUAUCUGAUUUCUCAUGGAAUCCCAAUGAACCCUGGGUGAUCUGCUCUGUGUCUGAGGACAACAUCAUGCAAGUUUGGCAAAUGGCAGAGAACAUCUACAACGAUGAGGAACCAGACACUCCAGCCUCAGAGCUUGAGAGCCAGGCCUCCUAACCUCUUUCUUUAACAUGGAGCAAGGUUCAUAUCUCAUGAAUCCCCAGUACCAACCAAGAUUCAUCUAGCGGAUGGAUUUAAUCAAACAAAGAAACAGCUGUAUUUCAGGACUUCAUCCAGAGACCAAAAUCCAAUCAUGUCGGUUCCUGGAUUACAACUUUUUAUACUUUCUUUGUUAAGUCUUAUUCCAUUUCCUUCAUUUCACCCUGCACUCUGUAAACUUCAGGUCUGUGUAGAACUUAGAUGUUUUCUAAAAUGGCAGAUGCCGUUAUUGGUAGAUAUGCUGUUUUGAAUGCUUAUGUUAUGAAAGAGGUGAGUGUGGAAGAGGUUUCAGUGAUGGAGAAAGUUUGUUGCUUUCAGAAAUGCACUUGAUGAAUGGACACUGCUGUUAAAUCAUUUUUCCAAAUUGGAGCUAAAUGAGGCAGUUCUCCAAUCCAUUUUUAGCUUUUGUGCGUAAACCUGAUGUCAACUGCAAUAAAAGUUUUGUAAUACCUUUUGAAAUUAUUGCUCCUUUUUGUAUUCUUGAAAUGUUGACAAUGGUUACCAUUGUGUAAUUCCACACAGGAAUAAAGUACAAAUUAUCAUACAA